AAGAUAAGUUUCGCGUCAUUAUUAUUAGCCUAAAUUCUAACAGUAUCCUCCAUAAUUCUUACAGCAAACCUUGAUAUAAUAAGCAAAAUUUAUCGACCUUCUUAUGUGUGUAACAUAAUUUAAUAUGUAUAAAAUAAAUGUUUUAUUGUUCCUAAAUUGAGCUCAAAGUAUUUCGUCGUCGUGUGCACAUAGAAUCCAUACAAUAGUGAUGACAUCACCACAGAUUAAUAAAUACGUAACGAAGUAAUGAUUUUUUACAUGGCUUGAAAUAUUAUCUUUACCAAGAUGGAAUACAACUCAAUAUUCCAUGCUAUCAAACAACAAAAGAUAUUUUAUUGCAAGCUUGACGUUCCAAGAAUUUAUACUCUCGCUCAUUUCUAUUGAAAAAUGGCACGUGCAAGAAAGAGAUAAAUAUACGAAACUCGUUUACAAUUGAAUUAACGAGAGGGUAUUGGGGUCACAGCACGUGUUUGAAUUUCGAAACACGUUUCAUCCAAUACGGUGCGUUCGUAACCAGCGGUUUAUCAUUGGCCAGACUUAACCGGUACCAGAAAACGUCAAGUUUCAGUAAAAUCGAUAGCGUGCAACGCUUCUCCAUACGGAACGAGCGAUACUGUCGCAAUUCCGUUAUCGCUCCCGGUCGCAUGGUACCGAUGUCGCUCACUGGAGGAUGAAUCUUUUACGUUAUUCGUGCCGCCAUUUCGUCGCGAAAGAUGUCCGGAGUGACCGUAUUUAUGGCGUUCUGAAUUCGUUCUCCGUGGUUUUUUGUGCAUGCCGAGCUGUGUUUUGACAAGAUUUCACAGAGAUGCAGCAGCCAAUUUAUCAAGACCAACAGGGUGGGCAGCAGGGAGCGGCUCAACAACAGAUGCUUCUAUGCCCCGUCAGAUUAGUAUACGAGACGCAAAUCUUGGUUCAACCUGGUGAACAAAUACAACCGAAUCAAACGAUAUUCAUAAAUCCACACAACCCUCCACCAUGGAUACAGAACAGACCACAAAACAACGUGAUGUACGUCCAACAGAUGGCGCCCAACAACUUCAUGCAACAAAUACAGCAGCAUCCAGCACAAAAUCCAAUAUACAUCCACCAAAACUACAACAACAUACAGCAAAUGAUACCACAACAAAUUAUAUCUCAAGCUCAACACAAAGAAGUGCGCACAACAAAUGUACAAAUGACUAAUAUGCUGCAGAGAAACCCACCACAAUCUUUACAGCCAACCCCCGGUCCAUACAACACAGCACCGAGCGAGCCUACACAAAACACUGCCACUGCAAACUACGGAGUAAUACCUGCAAACUACAUGCAAAAUCAAAUCACGCAAAAUCAAAUAAAUUUCAUUCCAACAAACGUUAAUAACAAACAAAUAAUACAAAACGUACAAACACCACCUAGACCGGCUGUAACUACAACGAACGUUAUGAACUUUCAAAGAAAUAUUGAAAUGCAGCAAAAUAUACCAAGACCUGUACAGCAAACGUUCCAACACGAAAGUAACAUGAUACAAACAUCGUUGCCACAGUCGAUAACAAUGGUACCAAUUCAGCCAACACAACCUUUACAAAGACCUAAUGACACGCAAGAUCAAAUCACACAAAUACGACCAAUGCAAACAUUGGUCGCCAAUAAACCAACCUUACCACCAACAUCAAGCACAAUUUCAAAUUCCACACACGAAAGAAUAGUAAAAAAAAUUGCUGCUGUCUCCCCAAAAGGUAAUAUUACUGUAAACACAUUAGUUAACACGGCACCAAAAAAUGUUCCUUCAUACAGCUACAGACCUAUCCAACCUAGACCACAGCAACAGAGAAAUAUAGCAUCCAAUUUAACACCUAAUAAUACUCAGACCCAAAUUAAAGGUCCACCUAAAUUACAGCAGCCUUUACCCUACAAUGCAAACCCACUUACCUACGUCAUGACAUCGAAUUAUACCAACACUGAACAGAGUAUGUUUAAUAGAAAAAGAAAGAGUGAAUCGCCUGAUGAGGUACAAAAGAAAAUGAUGAUUAAUCACAUACCACAAAAGAACUCACCCGUUGCUGUAGUAUCCUCAGUUCAAACAAACACUGUCAGUAGUAUCGGCGUGAAUACAAUGCCAAUGCAAAAAACACAUAAAAUGCCUCCAAAUAUUAGUAGAAUGCCUACUAUGAUACGUAAUGAAGAAACUAUAAAAGACAUACAAAGAAUGGAAGUUCAAACGGUCAAAGAAACAUCGCAAAGUGAAACAGAGAAAUUAUUAAGGAAUACAGUAUUUACACAGGCAAGAAAUAGAGUUUUAUCUGAUAAACAAGAAAUUAUAAGUACAAAUGUAGUAAAAGUGGAAACUAUUACAAGUGAUAUUAAAUCUGAAUCAAUACUUAAGAAGGAGCUUGAAAAGGAACCAGCUAAAAAUAUGGAAGAAAGUAAAAAGGAGUUAGUUAAAAACGAAGAAGAAAAUAAAAUAGAAUUAAUCAAUAAGGAAGAGGAGAACAAAAAGGAUUUAGUCAAAAAGGAAGAAGAAAUAAGAAAAGAUUUAGAAGAGGAAAGUAAAAAAGUUUUAGUCAAAAAGGAGGAAAACAAAAUAGAAUUAAUCAAAAAAGAGGAGGAAAACAAAGAAGCAACCAAAAAUGAAGACAGUGAUCCAGUAUUUGUUCAAGCAAAAGAAGAAAAGAUAGGCAAAGAUGCAAAUGAUGUUGUAAAACCAAAUAUAAGAGAAAUUAAUGUACUUGGGAAUAGUAAAUCAAAUGAUAAGAAUGGUUUUGUUUUGACACAUGUACUAGAUGGAUAUGUUAUACAGGAAUCUAAUAUAGCUUUCCCUAUCCGAAGACCAUUAAAAGAGAAACCACUUCCACCAAAUACAGUCACAGAGGUCAAAAAAGAUACCAAAGUCAAGCCUGAGAACAGCACUAAGAUCUUUAAUUUAUCAAAUCUGAAUUUAAAUGACGCAGAAGAAAAGAAAAAACUGGCUGAAGAAGAGGAAAAUAAAGACUGUAAAGAGAGUGUUAGUAAAAAAGAUAACCCUUUUGCAGCGCUUAAGACGGAGACAGUAAAAAGCUGGACGGUAAAAGAAUUGACGGAACAUCUUGUUAAGUAUGAAUGGGAAGAAACUGUGUCAGUGUUACUUGAACAUGAAAUUGACGGUGAAUCUUUAUAUUUAGUGUCAAAGAACCAAUUAGUUAGUAUCGGUAUUAGUGAAGAACAUGCCGAUAUUAUCUGUGAUUUUGUUAAGAGGUAAAGUGUUGGUAAUCGGACAAAAGUGCAAAAAAUACCUGUAUAUAUUAGUUUUAAAUUAUUAAAUUUGCUAAAAUACUUCAUUGUAACUUGAUUGUUUGACAAAUUGUCAUCCCUCUUAAUAGAGAAUAAACAUAAUUCUUUGAAAGAACAACGGUAAUUAAAUUUUAUGGUAAUUUUUACCAAUAUAUCUUAAAACUGACAAAGAUGUGUUCACUUUCUUUAAACUAUAAGCUGAGAUAAAUUUAUCGUUCAAUUCAAAAUGAAUGCAAUAAUAAAUAAAGUAAGAAUUGCAAGCUAAUCUGUUAAUUAUUAGUAUUGGUCUCCAUUGCCACUAUCCAUGUACAAAUUUAAAAAAAAAAGUUAGUAAGAUAUUAUUAUCAUUGUACAUGUGAUUCAGUAGUAAAAAGCAAUUGAAUAAGCUAUGGUGGUAUUAAGCAUUGAAUUAAAUAUGUAGUAAAAAGGUUCUAUGCCCCAUUCAUAAGACAUAGCAAAUGUAUACUAUUUGUAAAUAAACAAAUUGUUAAAUUUUAUUAUAAAUAAUUUAUACACAAA